AUGGUGGAGGGCCCGGGCUGUGCCCUCGGGGAGCGCCUGCGGGCGCGGCUGCGGCGGGGACAGGCCGUGAGGGGAGCGCGGGGAGGCGCCACUGCUGCAAGUGAGGAGAGAAUCUCUGGUCAUGAUUUCCUUGUUGGACACAUUUACAGGGGUGUGGAAACAUUGGGAAAGGAACUUUUUAUGUAUUUUGAUCAUAAAGCUUUGAGGAUUCACUUCGGUAUGAACGGUUCCAUGUGCAUUAAUCCUGAUGGAAGCAAAGACAGAAAUGGAGCACUACCGGUUUUGGAGAUACAGCUUACAGAGGAUACUGUUUGUUUUUUUGAUGUGACAGUAGAGUAUAGAAAUGCAGCUGAGAGUGAGCAGAAAGUGAGAAUGAUGGAAAGCUUGGAUGUCUGUUCUCCAAAGUUUAGCUUUUCAAGAGCAGAAAGUGAGAUUAAGCAGCACAAAACCCGCAUGUUGUGUGAUGUGUUACUGGAUCAAACAGUAUUACCUGGAGUGGGAAAUAUCAUAAAAAAUGAAGCACUGUUUGAUAGUGGUCUUCAUCCAGCUGUGGAGGUUUGCCAACUGACAGAUGAGCAUAUACGUCACUUGGUGAAAAUGACACGUGAUUUUACCCUGCUUUUCUAUAAGUGCCGCAAAACUGGGUCCCCACUCUACAAACACUACAAAGUGUACAAGCACCCAGCCUGUGGUCAGUGCAGUGGGAACAUCACUGUAUGUCGUUUAGGAGAGAACAACAGGAUGACUUACUUCUGCUCCCGGUGUCAAAAGGUGGAUCCCCAGCUUGUCAAUCUUAGCAAACUGCCAACUAGAAAUAGCCUAAUUGGCUGGGCAUAUGGCAGGGGGUCAUGUCCUAAUGAACAUGUAGCUCAGAAAUCUGAAGAGGAGUGGACGUGUAUGCGCUGUACCCUAAUAAACAAGCCUUCUGCUGAAAUCUGUGAUGCCUGUUUGACUUCAAGGCCUGAAGUUCCAAAGACGGAGAAUGUUGAAGAUUCUGCAGCCUUUAACAUAAACUUAAUGAAGUACCCUUGUAAUGAGUUCAGGAAACCAAGCACAGAAAUAAAGAUCAAUAGGAGAACUGCAUUUGGAACUACAACCCUUGUCUUAACAGAUCUUGGUAACAAAGCUGUUUUGAGAAAUGAUACCCAAAUAUCUGAUGGACACUCUCAGUGUGUUGCUCCAAAAAGCAACUGUAAACAGAUCCAAAGCAAUGCCUGCCAGUCAGAGGGAAGCACAGGCAAGGACUGCUCAACACAUGUAACUGCUGUGGCUUUGUCCUCCUGUCAGCAACCUGUCUCUUUCCAACACAUACAGAAGAAACAGAAAACUGAGCAUGUACCCUCAGUUCACCAAUACAGUACAGCAGUCAACCCACCUCAAGCUAACGUGACAGGUGAUACUCGUACAUCAAGCAUGGGCCAUCCUCGCUGCAGUAAACACAACCGUUUCUGCAGCCUCAGAGUGGUGAGAAAGGACGGACAAAACAAGGGCAGGCAGUUUUAUUCCUGCCCUCUACCCAGGGAAACUCGGUGUGACUACUUUCAAUGGGCCGACUUGGAUUUUCCAUUUUGUAAUCAUGGCAAGCGAUGCGUUAUGAAGACUGUGUUGAAGAUUGGUCCCAAUAACGGAAAGAACUUUUUUGUGUGCCCUCUCGGGAAGGAAAAACAGUGUGGCUUCUUCCAAUGGGCAAAAGAUGGACCAGGUGUGCAGAUUCUUCCUUGAUGCUGAUGUUAUAGUUAUCUGCUCCUCAGGACGUCUUAAGUGCAUACAACUUUUGUAGUAAUUUCUGUUUUCUUUUUACUUUUUCUUUGUUCACGGGUUAAUAAGUAAAAUAGCUCCAACAUAAAGAACAGCAGAUCUAGAAAGAGUAAUUUUACAUAGUCCUAUAAAAAUUUAAUACUGCUUGUAUGCCGCCUACAAUUUUGAAAUAAACAUUUAGCGUGCAAUAUAUUGUGACAUACUGUUGUAUUUCUAAUAAAAAAUUUAACUGUUUUCUUCUUUCAUGUAGUGUGGACUACUAAAUUGAUAGACUAUCAUAAGUGUAAACAUGUAUUUAAUAAAAGUGAAU